UGAUGAUGCUAUCUUGAUCGCCCUGAAAUCCCCCUUCCCUAUCUUUGAUCGGCCGAAAAACGCUGGCAAAAUGCCUCGGCUGGAAAUCUCGAGUCUUGAGCCGACUUUGAUGAUCCCUUCUCGGACAACCACCUCCUAACCCGCCUUGAGCCCAUCGCUGACGCGAGCAUUAUUCAGCUCGAGCUCGAGCUUGCCUCGUCUUCGUCCUCUUCCAUGAUGGCCCCUUCUUCUCCUCCUUCGUCCAUUGAUACACCCUCAUUCGAGCCUAAUAUCCCACCAUGGAAUCUACCACCUGAAUACGUAUCGAUGAAAUCUGUACUGGCUUCGUUAUCUCGCAAGAUGAAGCGUCCUCCGACACUGGACGACAUCAUUAUCCCUGAGCUGGACUUUUCCUCACCCAUUUCGUCCCUCAUGAAAGUGGGAACGUCUCGAUCUCACGUUCAAGCCGAGCAUUCGGAUGGUGCGAAAGCUCUGGUCAAGGGAGAAUUGGGUCUACAAGAGUAUAUCCGAUGGCUGGCCAUCCUAUGGCGAGUCUACAGCGCCCUUGAGCUCUCUCUGUCUGAACACGCCACCAAUCCCGUCCUCGCGCCAACUUAUGCACCAGAGGCUCUUGAUCGAGCCCCAGCUCUAGCAAGAGAUAUCAUCUUCCUUCUGGAUCUCCUCCCUUCCAAACCGAAACAGACGAUCGAACUCCAACCUCCGGAAGAUGCCCCGCUACCGCCAUUCCCCAUUCCCGACUUCAUGAUGCCGGUCUUCACCCUGACACCACCACCUCUCGCGACUUACAUUACACAUUUACGAGACCUCGCUUUGACAAGCGAGGAUGCCCCGCUCUUGCUCGCGCACAGCUAUGUGCGAUACCUGGGAGACCUCAGCGGAGGGCAAAUCAUCGCUUCGAGGAUACGGAAAGCUUAUGACCUCCAUGGUGACCAGGGACUGGCAUUCUACAAAUUCGAGAUGAUGGGUGAUUAUGAGCCUAUGAAGAUACAUCAGAUGAAAGAGUGGUUUAGGGAAGCUAUGAACAGUGGCGUGCAGAACGACGAGGUGCUGAAGGAACGUCUCGUCAAAGAGGCUAAUCUCGCAUUCGCAUUGAAUGUUCAUCUCUUUGCCCUCAUCCAGACUUCCAAUAACGCUCUCGUCCUUUCUUCCCCUGGCACCUCUGCCGUUGCCAUACCCAAGGUGAACGCUCAAGGCCAGCCGCUGAGAUACUACGAGAUUCAACAGAUGGAACGAGAUGCCAAGUUUAGGGCGAAAAAGGAGAAGGAAGCGCUCCUCCCUCCAAUUACGUGGAAAGACCGGAUCGAAAGGUUCUCUCUAUUCAUGCUUGCGGUCGGCGUGACGCUAGGUUUCUCAAAGUACGGUUGGCCAUGGAUGUUGAGGGAAAUUGUACCUCGAGUCAGGGAUAUCGCCGACGAACGAGGUUGGAUGGAUCAUACCUUGGUCGCCAAGCUGCUUGCGGAGGAUGGUCUUCUGGCGGCUCCCGUGCCUGGCAUUGGAGAGGACAGUGCGAUCAAUUCUGCAGGCGCAUUUGCAAAGGAUGGAGUCAAGAGAUACUAUGACAAGGCGGCGUCAUAUGUCGAUCAAUUGCGAAGAACGGCUGGAAGUACAGCGUCAAGCGUGACAUCCGCGGCCAGCGAGACGUACAGCCAAGCGUCGACAUCUAUCUCUCAAGUCGUUCAGGAAGCCACUCGGGCAAUUGAGGAAUCAUUACCGACUGCCUCGGAGGAAGUUGACGAUGACAUUUUCGCCGAAUUCCAUGGCGCCUACACCCAAGUUUCCCAGGCCGUCGACUCGGCCACUGAGGUCGUCAAAUCCGCUACGGAAUCCGUCAAGGAGGCCAUCCCUACCAUGCCACCAAAAGAGGAGAUCGUUGAAAAUCUGAUGACACACAUGGAACCGGUCGAGGAAGCUAUUUCCACCGUUGCUGUACCGCCCGCCCAAGAGAUUUUUGAUCAAGUCAGAACCCCAGUCGAAGCUGUCAAAACAGCCAUUCCGACACCGUCUAUACCGCCAGUCGAGCGGAUUGUUGAGCAAGUGACUACACAGGUCGAAUCCGUCAUCGAGGCCAUUCCGACACCAUCGAUACCGCCAGUCGAGCAGAUCAUUCAGCAAGUGACUACACCGGUCGAAUCCGUCAUGGAUGCCAUUCCGACACCAUCUAUACCGCCAGUCGAGCAGAUCAUUGAGCAAGUGACUACACCGGUCGAAUCCGUCAUUGAUGCCAUUCCAACACUGUCUGUCCCGCCAUUCGAUCAGAUCGUUGAGCAAAUGUCUACACAGGUCGAAUCUGUCAAAGAAGCGAUCCCAACUUCCUCCUCCAUUCCAUCCGCCGAGGAGAUCGUUGAUCAAGCGACGACCUGGGUCGAAGCAGUCAAAGAGGCUAUCCCUACGCCGUCAAUCUCUGAAGUCAAAGAGAUGGUGGAGCCGGUCACAUCGCAAUACUCAUCAGUCACCGAAGCCGUCAAAGAUUAUGCCACUGGCGUUGUCACGGGGGCCAGUGAGGUCAUACAAACGACAGCUGCAACAGUUGAUGCAGCAGAGCCAGUAGCCGAAUCAGUGCACACAGAGGACGCGGCGGCAGAACCAGAAGAGACACCGAUUGUUUCGACGACCGCAGACUCCACACCGAUCGAGCCAUCUAUUCCUCCCACUACGCUCGCGCCCGGUUCCGAUGCCACUGCUAUCACUUCGCAGGAUGCAACGGAUCAACCUGACAAGGCAGGUGUUCCUCAUCCAGUACCCGUUGUCGAGGUUGAAGAACACAGGACGGAUCGAGAUCCUAUCGAAACGGGCUCUAGAGCCCAGGAGCCAGUGAUCAUGAGGGAUGAGUUAUAGAUCCAACAUCUUGUAUCCAUUCUCUCUUGCAUUACAUUUUGGGAUGAGUCAGAUGUGCAAUCAGCUACCACCAAUGAGCUCUGCAGACCACAAGUUGAGACCAUACUUUCGUACUCGAUGUACACGAUCAUAUGUCUUC